UUCUGCGUCACACAGCAGAUUCAGCUGCAGCGGGUUGCAGGGGAGCUUUUGGCGAGCGGCGCUCAGGGCCGGAGACUUCAACAUGCAGAUCUUUGUGAAGACCCUGACUGGCAAGACCAUUACCCUUGAGGUUGAGCCCCGUGACACCAUUGAGAAUGUGAAGGCCAAGAUCCAGGACAAGGAAGGUAUUCCCCCUGACCAGCAGAGGCUGGUCUUUGCCGGCAAGCAGCUGGAAGACGGGCGCCCCCUGUCUGACUACAACAUUCAGAAGGAGUCCUCCCUCCAUCUCGUGCUGCGCCUGAGGGGUGGCAUGCAGAUCUUUGUGACGACUCUGACUGGCAAGACCAUUACCCUUGAGGUUGAGCCCCGUGACACCAUUGAGAAUGUGAAGGCCAAGAUCCAGGACAAGGAAGGUAUUCCCCCUGACCAGCAGAGGCUGGUCUUUGCCGGCAAGCAGCUGGAAGACGGGCGCCCCCUGUCUGACUACAACAUUCAGAAGGAGUCCUCCCUCCAUCUCGUGCUGCGCCUGAGGGGUGGCAUGCAGAUCUUUGUGACGACUCUGACUGGCAAGACCAUUACCCUUGAGGUUGAGCCCCGUGACACCAUUGAGAAUGUGAAGGCCAAGAUCCAGGACAAGGAAGGUAUUCCCCCUGACCAGCAGAGGCUGGUCUUUGCCGGCAAGCAGCUGGAAGACGGGCGCCCCCUGUCUGACUACAACAUUCAGAAGGAGUCCUCCCUCCAUCUCGUGCUGCGCCUGAGGGGUGGCAUGCAGAUCUUUGUGACGACUCUGACUGGCAAGACCAUUACCCUUGAGGUUGAGCCCCGUGACACCAUUGAGAAUGUGAAGGCCAAGAUCCAGGACAAGGAAGGUAUUCCCCCUGACCAGCAGAGGCUGGUCUUUGCCGGCAAGCAGCUGGAAGACGGGCGCCCCCUGUCUGACUACAACAUUCAGAAGGAGUCCUCCCUCCAUCUCGUGCUGCGCCUGAGGGGUGGCAUGCAGAUCUUUGUGACGACUCUGACUGGCAAGACCAUUACCCUUGAGGUUGAGCCCCGUGACACCAUUGAGAAUGUGAAGGCCAAGAUCCAGGACAAGGAAGGUAUUCCCCCUGACCAGCAGAGGCUGGUCUUUGCCGGCAAGCAGCUGGAAGACGGGCGCCCCCUGUCUGACUACAACAUUCAGAAGGAGUCCUCCCUCCAUCUCGUGCUGCGCCUGAGGGGUGGCUGUUAAGUUAUUGUGCGUCUUGCUUGACAACAAGAUUGCCAAUAGCAUUUGUGUUUGCACUGUAGUUCUUUGAUGUCGUAAUAUUAAAUUAAAUGCAAGGUUAAUGCAAGCUUAAGUAACUGCUGAACAACUGUGUUGAAAUGCUAAUAAAGUUUUCUGUUGCACAUGACAA